AUGCAAACCAUUGAUAACCUAAAUGAGUUUUGGUCUGAACCAGUUGUUAACUGGUUUGACUAUUUUGUCAAUCGACCAAAAUUUCAGGAGCUUUUGCUAGAUCACAAACAGAAUCAAGAUGCCAUCGCCUCCCUAGCUCUUCAGUUUUGUGAGCAAGCCACUUUCACAGAGAAAGAGUACGAAGUUAUGGUUCAAAAAAGUUUCCCGAUUGAAGAUCUUCAAUUCCUGCAACGAAAGUCAGCUUGUAUGUGGCUUUGCGCUCUUUCCUGCCUUGCGGCUCUUGAGUGGGAUUUCGAGCUUUUGGUUGAGAAACAAGACAUUCUUGCUGUAAAGCCUCUAAUGGAGUAUAUUGAAAAAUUAUGGCAAAACAGAGAAAUAACAACUGAUCCCAUAUUUGGAGAGUGGCUGUAUGCUCGAUGGAUCCUAUCCAUCGAUCGUAAAUAUCGAGUAUCGGUUCCACCUGCGAAACAAAUAGUUAACAAUCCCUUACAAGUACAGGACUUAAACUUACAAAGACAGGAAAACAUUCGCAAAGUUGUGCAAGAAGCACGGGAGCUACGAAUAUUCCGGGUAGUAGAGUUCAUGGAAAAGUUCAUCAGUGACGAGAGUGCUAUUUAUGUCCCCGGUGUUUUAUGUUUUCUUCAACCUUUCCUUGAGCAAUCCGGCCAAGCCAUGAGUGUCGGAAUUAUGGGUGCUAACGUUUUGAUUGAAGGAAGCCCAAAACCUAAACUGACUAAUGAGUGCAUUUUUAUUCCAGCGAAAGAUGUUUUGAACAAGACUGCGUUUGAAUUAGGUUGCUUUUUUUUCUCUGAAGGACGCCUUGAUCGUAGUUUCCAUUUACUCUCUAAGGUGAACAUAAACAGUACUGAACACAGUUUGGUCACCGUUACUUACGAUGACUUGAUUGGUUAUGUACAAGCACUUCGUAUUCCAGCAUCGUUCCCAAUUGAAAACUCUCCAAGUGGAUUAUCUGCUGAUCAAGCGCUAUUGAAAGACGAUAAUAACGUUUACCGAAAACGCUCACUGUAUAGAUGGAAGAGUGAAUUAACUUGCUCAGCAUCUCUUCAGACUACGUUCCGAAGCGAAAACAUUGCUCGCGAUAUUGUCGAAGGAAAAAUUAGCUUGAAUCGUAUGUAUCUCAAAGAUAAAACCAUCAUAGAAAAAUUCGUCAAGGCGUUGACGCGUUUUAUUCCAAACUUAAACGCAUCAGAUACAAGCAGACUACAAGGAAUACUAAGAUUUCUUUCAUAUUCGAUUCCGGGAUUGAGAGAAGAAAUGAUUAGAAAUAAUUUAAACGAAGAUUUUCUAUGCGAACAAAUGCAACCCACUGUUGAAAAAACAUUUGCUGCACCAGGAUUACCCAUACUGAAAGCGCUUCUGUCUUCUGAAGUACCAUUAUGGAAAAUUCUAUCAUCUUUCGAUGUAGGCGAAUUGAAAGAAACGGUGAACAGUAUGAAGCAUUUCUCUCUACCUCGACUAUUGAAAUUCCCUGAGCUGUUGGGAGAGUAUGUACUUGUUGGACGCCCCAUCAAUGAUUUCCAUGCAUUGUUAUUGGGCAAGAUGAACCAACUUGCUAGAAUAGGGAAUCAUCAGGAUUGGCAACAGUUUUGUAACAACACAGUUACGGAGUUAGGGCAUCUUGGAGUGCAAAAUCAAGUUCGAUUCUUAUUGGAGGCCCUUAAUGUUCAAUCAGCUAUUCUCAAUGAGAAGCUGAAUGUCAGUUUUGAGUCUUUUGGUACUCAGUUGAUUCAAACUCACCUCAAAGCGACUAAAGGAUUUUUCGCCAAUCCACAGGCCGUUAACAUCCCUAACUCUCAUGAGUUAUGCAGCCAAGUACUUGCUCUCUGCCUCAACGCCAAAGAGUGGGAUUUUGUGAUUAGUAAACUAGACCUCCCUGUGCCAAUAAUGACAAUUGUGAAACUAAUAGCUGCAUUCGGUCAACAUGGCAAUAAUCCUGGGAUGAAAAAACUUGCCGAUGCUUGGACCACUCAACUAACUCCCUCUUUUGAAAACUCUCGCAAAAGACAUAGCGAUGGAGGAAGUCAGAGAGAAAAUUUCAAAAUGCGAAUAGAAAUAAUCAAAUUCUUGAAAUUCGUGAAGGAACCCAACCUGCUACCUUUUUUGAUUUCAUUCUUCGCGUAUAUGUUCAAUAGAGUCCUCUUGGCGGAACGGAAGCCUCAGUUACGAAUUUUUGUUCAGCAUUCCGAGUUGUUCGGCACAGAAACAGAAUUGCCGAAUGCAGCGAUUGAUGCGAUUGAGGAAUGUCUUCAAAUAGUGUUGCAGAACAGUUUCGAAGUUAAUCCUGUGAAUGCGUUUUGGCUUCGUACUGCUGCUGAUUUUAAAUACGCAAAAGGUGAACUGGAAGAAAGUGCAACACUAUAUAUGGAAACACUACUUGCGUGCAAAACAUCACUAACUGUUCCAUUUCCUGAAAAUGUUGUAGAUGAUUUAGUUUGGAUUCGAUUACGAACUUGCUUUAGCCGCGCAUCUUGUCAUACAUUAGCUUUAUUAAUUUGUCAGUUACUUCGUAACAGAAAAGAAGAGGAAUAUUCGAAGAUGACAGAGUUGUUGAGUUCUCAAGCUUCUGCUGACGCCACAGAUGAAUGUUAUUCUAUGAUUUUCGAUCACAUAUUGGUAGAGUCUCUUAGUCAAACUCUGGAUCAGAGCAAGCAGUUGAACAACUUGGAACGUUUAUUAUAUUGGUGUUCCAAGCCUUCCCUAAACUCUAACAAUCGCUCAGAAGUUCAUACCAGAGAACAAUGCAGACGAGCAGAACGCUUGAUUCGGGUUAUGGCUGCUCAACUAUUCGCCGUGCAUUUAUAA